GCCUUUUCGGGCCGGAAGACCGCGGCUGAGCUGUCUGCGGGGGCAGGUACAGGGCACUGCAAGGUCGCACAGCUCAUAAACAUCCGAGCGCUGCCUUUGGGGUCGCGCAGGCCCAGCCACCGCUCUCCGGAAGACUGAGAAGCAGAAGUUCCAGUGGCUUCUGCGCUUGCGGGAGAAGCAGCUCUUAAAGACAUAUCCCUGCUGAUCACAGCUGGCCAGUAGUUGAGCAUCCGGACCACCAUGUAAAUCGGCCUAGAAAGGCUGAAUGGAACGAUGCCCAAAAGUUUAUCCCUCAACAAAUAGGCCUUUCCCUCCCAAUAUAGUGCUACACCCCCAAAAUGCAAAGUGGAAUGGUUCAUAGUGCUCCAAAUCUUAUGCAUUUGAUAACAAGAUCUCAACCCUUUAAGCUGCUGCCUGCUCUUUCAGCUUUGCAGAAUCAAAGAAAAACCAGAAACUUUUUACAGCAUUUCAGAUACACAACAGAGGUGACUUCAGAAGGGGAGAACAAAACUACAGUUGAGAGCCUCUAUGAGUUAUCCAUUGAUAUAAGGAAGAUCCGUAGACUGAAGCCCUGGAUACUCUGUAAAGAAGUGACAUAUGCCAAGGAAACAGCUAAGAUUUUGCAAGAAAUGGGAGCUGACAGGAGUGACAUAAUGUAUAUUUUUGAGCACUGUCCAGAGGCAAUCCUUUGUAGGCCUACAAGUAUCAGUUGUCAGAGAGACCUGUGGUUAUCUGUCUGCCCAAAUGAAAAACGAUUGGUGGAACUGAUAAAACGCUUCCCAGAAACCUUUUUUACAGUUGAGCACUAUGAAAAACAGAAAGGUAACAUUAGAUUCUUUAAAGAUUUGGGCCUUAAAAAUACGAUUAUCAGCAGACUCCUAACAAGUGCCCCAAACAUCUUUUACAAUCCUGUUGAGAAGAACAAACAUAUGAUAGAAACCUUACAAACUAACUAUUUACGUCUAGGCGGUUCAAAAGAGAAUAUGAAAACUUGGCUACUGAAAUUACUAAGUCAAGAUCCCUUUAUUUUAUUAAAUAGUCCUGUCACUGUUCAAGAAAACUUGCAGUUUCUUCAGAAGAAUGAUUUCACAGAUUCAGAAAUUUUAAGUCUCCUGUCCAGGCUCAAAGGGUUUAUUUUUCAGAUUAACACUGUUACUAUGCAGAAUAGCAUGUUGUUCUCAAAGAGUGCUUUCAAAUGCACUGUUCAAGAAUUAAGAGAGCUCAUCAUAAAAUGUCCUGCCCUUCUUUGCAAUUCUGUUCCAGUUCUGGAGGAAAGACUGCAGGGGCUAUUGAAAGGAGGAAUUUCUGUAGGUCAAGUGAAAGACACUCCUGCAGUGUUGGAACUAAUACCAGAAAUAGUCCAAUAUAGAAUUAAAAAAUUAGAUGCUAUAGGAUAUGAUAUAAGAAGAGGAAGUCUAGCAAAUGUGACUGGGACAAAAAAGGAAUUUGAAGCCACAUAUGAAAAGAUACAAGCAAAGAAAGAGAGACCAAUAUUUAAUCCAGUUGCUCCUUUACAUAUUGAAGAUUAAUUUCUACUGAAGUCAUGUUAUGGUGGAAAAAAGGAAGUUGUCAUAACCAAAUUUUCACAGCUGCAAUAAACCA